AGUAAAACAUUAGUAAUCAACAGCAGCUGGAAUAGCUCAGUUGGUUAGAGCGUGUGGCUGUUAACCACAAGAUCCAAAUCGCGUGCAGUGAGGAAAAAGAUGGGUGGAGUUGUAGAAAGCAGGGAAUGGUACUUAGCUGCAUAUUCACCGGAGGGUGUUCCAACCUCGGAUAAUCUCAAACUCCGAACCGUCACUCUCUCACUAGCCUCUCAUUCAAUCCCCGACCACCACGUCUCCCUCCAGAUUCUCUUUAUCUCCGUCGACCCAUACCUCCGCACCCGACUCACCGGCACCGUGGACGGCCUCUUCAUUCCGCAAUACCAACCCAACCAGGUGAUUACAGCGUAUGCAGUUGGGAAGGUAGUUGGAUCUAAAGACAGCGAGUACAGGGAGGGCGAUCUAGUCUUAGCCCCUUCUGCUCCGGUGGCUGAGUACUGUAUCGUUCCUUCCUCGAGUAUACUUCGGAAAAUUGACUCUGCUAGUGGAAUUUCGUUGCCGGAUUAUCUAAGUGCCUUAGGAGUACCAGGGUUUGCGGCAUGGGUGGGAAUAGUGGUUCUGGGAGACCCGAAACCCGGCUCCAAUGUGUUCAUAUCUGCUGCCUCCGGUGCGGUUGGUAUGAGUGCUGGACAGUUAGCUAAGAUCCGUGGUUGUAGAGUCAUCGGAAGCACUGGUUCAGAUGAUAAGGUGAAGCUCAUCAAAGAAGAAUUUGGUUAUGACGAUGGAUUCAACUACAAUAAGGAAUCAGAUUAUGAUGCAGCUUUGAGCAAAUACUUUCCGGAUGGCAUUGAUGUGUACCUUGAUAAUGUUGGCGGUAAAAUGCUUGAAUCUGUUCUUAACCAUGUGAACAAACAUGCAAGGAUACCACUUUGCGGGAUGAUAUCUCAAUAUAACAAGGUUUGGACGGAAAGAGAAGGGGUAAGGAACCUGUUGAAUAUGGUGGGGAAGGAGGUCAGGAUGGAGGGCUUCAUGCUUGAAUCAUAUUGGAAUCGUUUUGGAGAUUUUGCUAAAGAUAUGGAAGGAUACAUAAAAGAGGGAAAGGUUACGUCCAAGAACAAAAUAAAUCUUGGAAUUCACAGCUUUUUGGAUAGCUUAGCCUCCCUCUUUACCAGCUCUAAUAUUGGAAAAGUUGUUGUUCAACUUAAUAAUUAACCAACUUUCUCUAAAACAUCUACUUAUAAUAUCUAUUAAAAAGUGAAUUUUAAGUUUAAUUUAACUUAAAAAAACUAGUUUAUAAAAUAAAAUUUGUAUCUGCUUAUA